GUCACGCGCGCUAUUUCGUUCCCCGUGCCCUCGCGUUUAUGAGCGCGCGCUCGUCCUGCUGUGGAGGAGAUUUUAAAGGAUUUUAAAGGAACUUCGCGCGCGGGAGAGAGAGAGGAAACAGAUCCUCAUAGUCUCACCUGCAGACGCUGCGUGUGUGUGCGUGUGCGUGCGUGUGUGUGUAUGUGUGUGUGUGAGAGAGAGAGAGCGAGAGAGAAGGCGCGGGAGGGUGUGGUGAGGCGGAUAUACAGCGCGAGCGUUUGGAGAGAGAAUGAGACAGACAGACAGAUAGACAUACGAAGAAAGCGCGUGAAGAGAGCUCGUGUUGAGAGGUGUGCUGUUCUGCGCGCGCAGCAUGGCUUCGUUUCACGGUAAAGGGGAGCUGCGCCACGCGGACUGGAUGGCCAACCUGCCGGCCAACCUGCACGCGCUCCCGCUCACCAACCUCGCCAUACCGGGAUCCCACGACUCCUUCAGCUUCUACAUUGAUGAAGCAUCUCCUGUUGGACCUGAACAACCCGAAACGGUGCAGAAUUUUGUCUCUGUUUUUGGAGCAGUGGCUAAAAAGCUGAUGAGGAAGUGGCUCGCUACGCAAACCAUGAACUUUUCCAGUCAGUUAGAGGCUGGGAUCCGUUUUUUCGACCUUCGCAUCUCCACCAAACCUCGAGAUCCUGAAAAUGAGCUGUACUUUGCCCAUGGGCUCUUCAGUGCCACAGUACGUGAAGGUUUGGAGCAGAUCAGUGCAUUCCUCUCCUCCCAUGCUCGCGAAAUUGUCUUUCUGGACUUUAAUCAUUUUUACGGAGUGCAGAACCUGCAUCACGAGAAGUUGGUUCAGAUGCUUCGCACUGUGUUUGGAGAUCGUCUCUGUCCUGUGGUUUUUGCUGAGGAAGUGAGUCUGAAGUAUUUAUGGGAGAAGGAGUACCAGGUGUUGGUGUUUUACCACAGCCCCAUGGCUCUGGAAGUGCCAUUUCUAUGGCCAGGUCAGAUGAUGCCGUCUCCAUGGGCCAACACCACCGAUCCGGAAAAACUCAUUCAGUUCCUCCAGACGUCACUGACCGAGCGCAGACGGAAAGGAACAUUUUUUGUUUCUCAGGUUGUUCUGACCCCUAAAGCAAGCACCGUGAUGAAAGGAGUGACCAGCGGACUUAGAGAGACCAUCACAGAGAGAGCUCUUCCAGGGAUGAUGCAGUGGAUUCGUUCUCAGCGUCCAGGUGAAAGUGGGGUCAACAUCAUCACGGCUGAUUUUGUGGAGCUUGGCGAUUUCAUAAGCGCUGUUAUUACUCUUAAUUAUUAUCUGGGUGAAGAUGAUGAGGAAGAUGCCACCUGAACCCCUGCCUUCAAAUUGCACUUAUUGUUUUCCUGUUCUAGUUUUCAGUUAAAAAAAACAAACGCACGCCUUCCUUUAUGGUUUUUAGGGCUAAUAAAAAAAAAAGAAGGGCAUGAAUUUCUGAGAUUUGGAAGGCAGGAAUAUUGUGUAUGUGUUAGGUAUGUUUCAUUAAUCAGGUCCAUGACACACCCUUAGAUUUCAAACCCAUAAUUUUCUUAUAAUAGAGACUGCUGCAAAGCCAGUCAGGUGGAGGUGACCUAGCUAGGGGAGAUAAUGUUUUUUUCAGCAUAAAGAAAGUCAUCUACAGGUCAGUAUUUUGGACAGAUUUGAAGGAGCAUCGUCACUUUUGGUCUCUGAGAAGAUUUCAUGGUGUCUCCUGGAUGAGAGGAAAUAUGAAAUCCUGACAGAUCUCCCUGAAUGCUCUGAGUCAUUUUUUAGUAAUGUUGUGAUUUAUGCUAUCAGGAUAUAAACACGUAACAUCGAUACAUGCCUACUGUGUGUCUGGUUCAGACUGUGAUGAAGGAAAUGAAUUAUUAUUAGAAACGUUAUUUUACUUACCCAUCUGCAGCAUUAAUAAACAGCGUAUUAGCUUCUGAUCAGUAACAUACUAGUGCAUUUCAGUGUGAAUAAAUGUUGUUUGUAAGGUGAAUGUGAUGGUUGUAGGUUUAACUGCUGUGGUGUUGCUAAUGUGUAUGAUCUGUAAAUACUGUGCAAGAUUAGCUGAGUUAUCCGUCAUGCCCGAAACAUCAGGUUAUACGUCAGUAUUAAAUGUUUAGCGAUGCGAUCAUUCCUGGUAUAUUACUCUACUGAUUUCAGCGCAUCAUUCGAUCUGCUCUCAGCCUCCGAUCGUUCACGUAAACCUCUCUGAACAGGGUUUUUACAUUUUUGUAAGAUGUUUUGAGGAAUGUGCCGCACCUGUUUCUUUUGUGCUCUGAUGUCAUUCUUUUUUAUCCCUUUUAGUGUAGUAUUUACAGUAGAUCUAUUUUGAGAUUUUAUUAUCACAGUGUGAUAACGUUAAAAUGUUCCUGAAAUGAUUUUUUGGUACAGUUUUGUAUUUAAUUUGGUAUUUGAUAAAGCAGUACAUCCUGGCUAAUAUCAGCUUGCUGCAUUUCAGAUGCAUGAAUGAAAUUUCAGUGUUAAGGUUAAUCCCCCAACCAAGACUGUUAGCUCUAUCCAAACCUGCUAGUCUGCUUCCCCCUACAGCAAUCUCCCCUAACCAUGACUGCUACAUCCCUUAGCCUACAAGUAGCCUUACUUAGACUGCUAUUUCCCUUACCAAGAUUUUUCAUCCCCUAACCAAGACUGCGACCACAUUAACUGAAACUGCUACUCCUAUCCACGCCCCCUCAGCCAAGACUACUAAUCCCAGAAUAAAGACUGGAUUCCUGCUAUCCAAGGCUAUUCUAUUCCCAUAACCAAGGCUAGUAAUCCCCAAACCCAAACUGCUGGUGUCUAACCAAGGCUGCAGGCUCCUAGUCCCUUAACCAAGACUGCUGUUCUACUGACCAAGACUGCUAAUUCCAUCCAACCCUGCUAGAAUGCUACCUCCUAUCCAAGACUGCAGUUCUUCUUAACCAAGACAGCUAGUCCCCUAACCCAGUCUGGCUACCCCAUCUGAGUCCAUGACUCGUGACCAAAACUGUUGGACUGCUACUUGCCUAAAAAAAACUGCAGUGCCCCUAAACAAGUCUGCUAGCCCCCUAAUAAAAACCUCCUAACCAAGGUGACUAGUUCCCUCUACAAGACCUUAAGGCUACUACCACUGCCCCCAAUCUAGUCUGCCCCUACCUACCCUUACCCUGCAGGUCUUAUCCUGUCCUGAAAUUUCUGAAUGAAUGUUGGAUGUAAGGUUAUCUGUAUUUCGUAUGAUAAACAAUGACACUUCUGAACCUCUGUCUUUUCUCUAAUCUCUUUUAUUAUGGAGUUCUGAGUAACACCAAAGUGCUGAAGAUGAUUUGGACUUUAUUUUCUGUAAUUACUCCAUUUGGUCAGAAUCAUUUCUCCAAAUGGAGCAGCUUUUAAUGUGUUUAAUGCAACUCAUCUAACAUAUAUCUACACUACCAGUCAAAAGUUGGACACACCUUCUAAUCCCAUGGUCCUUCCUGAUGUUUAUUUCUCUCUACAUUGUAAAACAAUGCUGAAGGCGGCCGAAAUCCACAAUAAUGUCCUUUGAACAGUUGAUAUUGAGAUAUGUCUGCUACUGACGCUCUGUAAAGCCUUCAUAACGCCUCUAAUCUGAGGUGCUGUUAAUUGGUGAUUUCUGAGGCUGGUGACUCUAAAUGAACUUCUCCUCUGCAGAAGAGGUCAGUUUUGGUCUUGCUUUACUGGGAUGGUCUUCAUGUGAGCCAGUUUCAUCAUGGGGCUUGAUGGGUUUUGCAAAUGCACUUGACAAUACUGUUCUUGCAAGAACUAUUCCAGAACACCUGACCUUCGUGUCUUAAAAUAACAACUGACUGGUUUUUGUUGUCAUGACAUAUGGAUUACUGAAGUCCAUGUGUGUUAUUUCAUAGUUUUGAAAUCUCCAGGAUUGUUCUAGAAUGUAGAAAAUAAAUCCCUAAACAAAAAACAUUGAAUUAGAAGGUGUGUCCAAACCUUUGACUGGUAGGGUGUAUAUAUAUGAUGAAACCUUCUUGUCAGUUGUAAUGACAAUCACGGAAGAUGUCAGUGUGUGGCUGGAUCGUCAGGUGUUGUUUGAGUGUUUUACUGCAUGUUACUGCAGGAGUCCAGAUUUGACACUUAUUUGUAACAUAAAAUACUAGGUGUUCAAAUUAAACUCCAAAAAUGAGUGAACUCUUAUGAAUCUGGUGUAAAUAAAUGUAAAUGUAAAUAA